AUGACAAAGGAAGAAAUUAAAGACAAGAAGAGAAAAGUUGUAGAUGAGCAAAUAGUUGAAAAGAAGAAGAGUAAGAAACACAAGAAAGACAAGAAGGAUAAAAAGGAAAAGAAGGAUAGAAAGCACAAAAAGGAAAAGAAGAGUGAAAAGGAAGUUGAAGUAUCAAAAGAAGCAUCUAAACCUACUUCUGCAGUUGCUAAUAAGUUUUAUGUUCAGAGCGAAGCCUUAACCGACGUUCCUCAAUCCAAAGUUGACGAGUACUUCAAAGAAAAUGAAGUUGCCGUUGAAGAUCCUUUGAACUUGAACCUACGUCCUUUAUUAUCAUUUGACUAUCUUUCGUUGAAUCCUUCUAUUCAGGCAGAGAUUUCUAAAUUCCCAACGCCAACACCUAUUCAAGCUGUCGCUUGGCCAUACCUGUUGUCCGGUAAGGAUGUUGUUGGUGUUGCUGAAACUGGUUCUGGUAAGACAUUUGCCUUCGGUGUUCCAGCUAUUAGCCAUUUGAUGAAUGAUCAAGGAAAAAGAGGCAUACAGGUUCUAGUCAUUUCCCCAACUAGAGAGCUAGCCUCUCAAAUUUAUGACAAUUUGAUCAUAUUGACCGACAAAGUUGGCAUGCAAUGUUGUUGCGUUUAUGGUGGUGUCCCAAAGGAUGAGCAAAGAAACCAACUAAAAAGGUCUCAAGUGGUAGUUGCCACACCUGGUAGAUUGUUAGAUUUAUUACAAGAGGGAUCUGUAGAUCUUUCUCAAGUCAACUACUUAGUACUAGAUGAAGCAGACAGGAUGUUGGAGAAGGGUUUUGAAGAAGAUAUUAGGAACAUCAUCAGAGAAACUGAUGCAUCUAAAAGACAGACUUUAAUGUUUACCGCUACUUGGCCAAAAGAAGUCCGUGAAUUGGCUUCUACUUUCAUGAAAAAUCCAAUUAAGGUAUCUAUUGGUAACACAGAUCAACUAACUGCCAACAAAAAAAUUACACAAAUUGUUGAAGUGGUGGAUCCACGUGGAAAAGAAAGAAAGCUAUUGGAAUUGUUGAAGAAGUACCAUUCCGGUCCAAAAAAGAAUGAAAAAGUCUUGAUUUUUGCUCUUUACAAAAAGGAAGCUACUCGUGUCGAAAGAAAUUUAAAAUACAACGGAUAUGAUGUUGCGGCUAUUCAUGGUGACUUGUCACAACAACAAAGAACGCAAGCUUUGAAUGAGUUCAAAAGCGGCAAGUCUAACUUAUUGUUGGCCACCGAUGUUGCAGCAAGAGGUUUGGAUAUACCAAAUGUUAAAACCGUUAUUAAUUUAACUUUUCCAUUGACUGUAGAAGAUUAUGUUCAUAGAAUCGGUAGAACUGGUAGAGCUGGCCAAACAGGUACAGCUCACACUUUGUUUACUGAACAAGAAAAACAUUUGGCUGGUGGACUAGUUAAUGUGUUGAAUGGUGCAAAUCAACCUGUUCCUGAGGAUUUGAUAAAAUUCGGCACCCAUACUAAGAAAAAGGAACAUAGCGCUUAUGGUUCAUUCUUCAAAGAUGUUGAUUUGACUAAAAAACCAAAGAAAACCACUUUCGAUUAG